CCCUUUGACUUAAACUUUAUUUUUGGAUGUCUUUGAUCAUGCUAAUUAAACAAUAAUUUAUUGUAUCUCAUAGGUUAGGGGAUAAACGGUUCAGCUCCAACGAAUCUCUCGAAACAAUCAGCUGGGGUGCCGUGUCUGAGCGUGUUGAUAAACGAGCAUCUGGGUCUUCACACCUACGAGACGGACGACCUAGGACACCAAAUAAACGACCAAAGAGUGGCACCCCAGACGGUAUCAUGAGAACGCCAGGGUCUAGCUCCAACUUCAAACUAGAAGUUGGAAUGAGUGUUUUCUGUAACAACGAACUUGGAAAUGUAAGGUACAUUGGUCCAACUGACUUUGGUGACGGCAUUUGGGUCGGUGUCGAGUUACGUACAGCGAAAGGAAAAAACGAUGGAUCAGUGCAGGGUAAACGAUACUUCUCGUGUAAAAACGAGCAUGGACUUAUUGUGCGACCAAAUAAAAUCACUGUGAGGGGGAUCAAUGGUGCGAAGUUAGUCUCAGAAAUGUUUGGGCAGGCGAAUAGCGAAACAACGCAUACAAACGGGGAUGUGAAGUGAAGGAAAUAACAUUGAGAUUCUUAAAAAGAUUUUUAAAUAAACGGAUAUGUACGGAAAGUGUUUGAUAUUAUAUAGAUCGAAGCGACAGCAAGUACUGACAGUAGAGUUUAUUUUUACAGUGCCUAGACACAAAUAAGUCAUAUCGCUAAGGGAGACAAUCCUAGUAGACUUUAAAAUGUUUGUAAUUUUUUUUUUUUUUGCGCACAAACACUGAGAAAACCCUUGUAUCGAGUUACAAUGUUUUUACAUUAUUUAUUGAAUAUAUUCAGACACAUGAUCAAUAUCUUGUUGGAGAUUAAAAUUUGAUAUUUGUACACCAAAGAUCAGUCAACUGUAUGAAUCAUUGUACAAAAUGCUUUCCUUUUUUAUUUAGUUACUUUGUAUUUCACAUUUUGCUGA